CAAAAAACGAUGACUUUAGGUAGUAAUAGAUCAACACUUCCAACUUCCAACAGUUCCCACACUUCCACUCCUCGCUUUCCGUAGAUAAAUUUGCUUACCUCCACCGCUAUAACAAAAAUGGAAGAUACCCAACUUCAACUUACUUCCACAGAAACAAAGGAACCACAAAAUCGAAGAUUGGUUUUCGCUGUGAAUGGAGAGCGCUUUGAGCUAUCGAGCAUCGAUCCUUCAACCACUCUGCUUCAGUUCUUGCGUUCUCAUACUCGUUUCAAGAGUGUUAAGCUUGGUUGCGGUGAAGGUGGUUGUGGUGCUUGUAAUGUUCUACUGUCGAAGUUUGACUCCAACCUCAAACAAGUCGAAGAUUAUACAGUGAGUUCAUGUCUUACACUUGUUUGCAGUAUAAACGGGUGUUCAAUCACUACAACCGAAGGACUUGGGAAUAGCAAAGAUGGAUUCCAUUCCAUUCAUCAACGUUUUGCUGGUUUUCAUGCAUCUCAAUGUGGCUUUUGUACUCCAGGAAUGUGUGUUUCACUCUUCUCAGCACUUGUCAAUUCAGAAAAAAACGAUCAUCCACAACCCCCUCUUGGAUCCUCCAAACUUACUUCCUCAGAAGCUGAAAAGUCAAUUUCUGGAAAUCUUUGCAGAUGCACUGGUUAUCGAUCUAUUGCUGAUGUCUGUAAAAGUUUCGCAUGUGAUGUUGAUAUGGAAGAUUUAGGGCUUAAUUCAUUCUGGAAAAAGGAUGAAACUCCAGAUUCCAAACUUCAUAAACUACCCUUUUAUGAUCCAAAAAAAAUUUGUACGUAUCCCGAGUUUUUGAAAAACGAAUCCAAGUCCCCUAUGCAUUUGAAAUAUCAGAAAAGAUCUUGGUAUACUCCAGUUUCUAUGAAGGAGCUAAAUAGCUUAUUGGUAUCUAGUUUAGCUGAAAAGGGUAAAAUGGUAAAGUUGGUAGCUGGUAACACAGGUAUAGGUUACUAUAAAGAAGUGGACCAAUAUGACAAGUACAUUGAUCUUAGAUUUAUCCCUGAGCUUUCUACAAUCAAAAGAACAGACUCACAGAUUAAAGUUGGAGCAACUGUUUCAAUCUCUAAACUCAUCUUUACCUUGAAAGAAGAAAGAGAUGAUGAUGAUGAUUUCUCAGAUGAUGACUUUUCAGAAGGGGACAUGGUGUUCCAGAAAAUUGCUUCUCAUUUGGAGAAAAUUGCUUCUGAAUCUGUUAGGAAUUCAGCAACUAUAGGUGGAAAUUUGGUAAUGGCUCAAAGGCAUGGAUUUCCUUCAGAUAUUGCCACUUUACUUGUUGCUGUGAAAUCAGAAGUUACAAUCAUGAAUGGGAUAAAAAAAGUUUUUACAUUAGAAGAGUUUCUAGCACAUCCUGCUUUAGAUUCAAGAACUUUGCUUUUGAGUGUUCAUAUUCCUUUCAUGAAACCAAAUAAAAACGGUUAUAACUCAGACAAAUGUGACACUAAAUUAUUAUUUGAAACUUAUCGCGCUUCUCCACGUCCUCUUGGGAAUUCCUUAGCUUAUUUAAAUGCUGCUUUCUUGGCUGAAAUUUCUCCUUAUAAAAGUGGCAAUUAUGUAAUUAACAACAUCCGGUUAGCUUUUGGUGCUUUUGGGAGUAAGCAUACAAUAAGAGCAAACACAGUUGAAAGUUAUCUUCUUGGAAAAGCAUUGAGUAUUGGUUUGUUGUCUGAAUCUCUCAAGUUACUAAGAGCUAAUAUCCAACCAGAAGAUGACACAUCACAUUCUGCUUAUCGAUCAAGCUUGGCUUCUAGUUUUCUCUUUGAGUUUCUCUUUCCUUUACUUGAUUCUGAUGCCUUAUAUAUAAAUGGUUCAAGGGUGAGAUUUGAUCAUUAUGAUGAAAAAAGAACAUUGUUGUCAUCUUCAAAGCAGGUGUUGGAAUCUUGCCAUGAACAUUAUCCUGUUGGUGAACCGAUUAUAAAAACGGGUGCUUCAAUCCAAGCUUCUGGUGAAGCUGUAUUUGUGGAUGACAUUCCUUCACCAUUAAACUGCCUUCAUGGAGCAUUCAUCUACAGCACAAAUCCUUUAGCAUGGGUAAAAGGUGUUGAAGUGAAGAAAGAUGUACAUGGUGUUGUUUCAUUUCAAGAUAUUCCAAAAGGAGGAGAAAACAUAGGAGCCAAGACUUUAUUCGGUCCAGAACCUUUAUUUGCCAAUGAGAUAACUGAAUGCACUGGACAACGUAUAGCAUUUGUGGUGGCAGAUUCACAGAAGAAUGCAGAUAUUGCAGCUGAAACAGCCAUGGUUGAUUAUGACACUCAAGACUUAGAACCACCCGUAUUAACUGUUGAACAGGCUGUUGAGAAUUCAAGCUUUUUUGAAGUCCCUUCGUUCAUAUAUCCAUCACAAGUUGGUGAUUUCAUAAAGGGAAUGGCUGAAGCUGAUCAUAAAAUCCAUUCUGCUGAGAUCAAACUUGGAUCACAAUACUAUUUCUAUAUGGAGACACAAACUGCAUUAGCUGUUCCAGAUGAAGAUAACUGCAUGGUGGUGUAUAGUUCCAUUCAGGUCCCUGAGUUUGCACAAAGUGUAAUUGCACAGUGUCUUGGAAUUCCUGAACAUAAUGUUCGUGUGAUUACAAGAAGAGUUGGAGGAGGAUUUGGUGGAAAAGCUAUUAAAGCUAUGCCUGUUGCAACAGCAUGUGCACUUGCAGCAUACAAAUUAAAUCACCCUGUGAGAACGUAUGUGAACAGGAAGACUGAUAUGAUAAUGGCAGGAGGAAGACAUCCCAUGAAGAUAAACUACACUGUAGGCUUCAAAUCCAAUGGAAAAAUCACAGCUUUACACCUCGAUAUAUUAAUCAAUGCUGGAAUGUCUCCAGAUAUAAGCCCAGUGAUGCCAUGGAAUAUGUUGGGUGCACUGAAGAAGUACAACUGGGGUGCUUUAUCAUUCGAUUUUAAAAUCUGUAAAACAAAUCAUUCGAGUAAAUCUGCAAUGAGAGCACCAGGAGAAGUUCAAGCAUCUUUUAUAGCUGAAGCAGUGAUAGAACACGUUGCAUCUAUUGUUUCCAUUGAUGUUGGUUGUGUAAGGGAGAAAAAUUUUCAUACAUUCGAUAGCUUGAAAAUGUUCUAUGGAGGUGAUAGUGUUGGUGAGUUUGUCGAGUAUACUUUGCCAAAUAUAUGGGAUACGUUAAUGAAAUCAUCAAAUUUCAAUGAUAGAGUCGAAAUGAUAAAGAAGUUUAAUAAGUGUAAUACAUGGAGAAAAAAGGGUAUUUCUCGAGUUCCCAUUUUGCAUGAGGUGUCACUAAGGGCGACACCUGGAAAAGUGAGUAUUUUAAGGGAUGGAUCCAUUGUUGUAGAAGUAGGUGGGAUUGAAUUAGGUCAAGGGCUAUGGACAAAGGUGAAACAGAUGACUGCGUAUUGUCUAAAAGCAAUUCAAUGUGAAGGAGCUGAUGGAAAUGAGCUUUUGGAGAAGAUACGUGUCAUACAAGCAGACACAUUGAGUAUGGUUCAAGGAGGGUUUACAGCUGGAAGCACUACAUCUGAAGCAAGCUGUGAAGCAGUUAGACUUUGUUGCAAUGUUUUAGUUGAAAGACUCGUGGGUUUGAAAGAAAGAUUAGAACCCCAAAUGGGUUUUGUUAAAUGGGAUUCCCUCAUUCUGCAUGCAAACAUGCAAUCAGUAAAUUUAUCAGCAAGUUCGUUUUUUGUACCCGAGUUUAACUCCAUGAGAUACAUUAACUAUGGUGCUGCUGUAAGUGAGGUGGAGGUGAAUCUUCUAACUGGAGAAACGAAAAUCUUGCAAGCAGACAUUGUAUAUGAUUGUGGACAAAGCUUGAAUCCUGCUGUGGAUUUAGGACAAGUUGAAGGCGCUUUUGUUCAAGGAAUUGGUUUUUUCAUGCUUGAAGAAUAUUCGAUAAACUCUAAUGGGUUAGUGAUUGCUGAUAGCACAUGGACAUAUAAGAUACCCACAAUUGACACGAUACCUAAGCAACUUAAUGUGCAUAUACUAAACAGUGGACAUCAUAAAAAACGUGUCCUCUCUUCAAAAGCUUCUGGAGAGCCACCUUUACUUCUUGCAGCUUCUGUUCAUUGUGCAACUAGAGCUGCCAUUAAAGAAGCAAGAAACCAAGUACGUUCAUGGAAAGGGUUAGAGGGUUCUGAUUCAAUGUUUCAGUUGGAUGUUCCUGCUACCAUGCCUGUGGUGAAGACACUGUGUGGACUAGAUAAUGUUGACUUGUACCUUCAGAGCUUGAUGUCACGUUCAUGAAAAUGGUACAUUUCUUCACAAUGUUGUUUGGGUUUAGUGAGAUAAACACAACAAAGUAGUUAGUUUUAGUUCCUGUGAUUCAUGGGUUUCUCUUUAGAUUGUUCGAUAUUUAUAUGUAUCAUCAUCGAUAAAAUAUUAAAGUAAGUUAAAAUAAAGUC